AGACAAUAUCGACAGAUGGAGACGAAAAAUAAUACCCGGCCAACAUCCUGUAAAGCAUCGUUAUUUACAGACGAGCCACAGAAGCAGGUCGUUGGUUUCUAUUUUCGGUUGAUAAUCAGUCCUAAUCGCCUGCUGGUGCUGCAGAAACUUUUAAAUCAAUAUCCCAAUCUGCUAGUUUCGGCACGAGUUCGUCGGUGUGGAGACUCCGGGCCCCUCAAUUUUGACCUUCACUCGCAAUCCUGCCAUUUUCCAUGCUGUCGAUUGAUCACGUCAUCUGUAGGGUUCAACUAUCCCUGCAAUCACAUCUGGGAAGCAACAAUGUGGAGGAAUUCGAGGAAUUUGAGGGACAUUUACAGCAAGUUGUCGAGAUGCGUGGAAAGGCGGUCCAUGAGCAACCUGCCUGAGAGCACGGUAUAUGGAGGCCCCAAGUCCAAGUCGCCGUGGAAAAGGGUGACGUUGCGGCACCUUGAAGCCAAGUAUCAAACGAAUCAGCCCAUCACGAUGGUAACUGCGUAUGAUUAUCCCUCCGGGGCGCAUGUGGAUCGAGCAGGCAUAGACAUAUGUCUGGUAGGGGACUCAGUGGGUAUGGUUGUGCAUGGGCAUGACACAACGCUGCCAGUCACAAUGGAGGACAUGCUGCUGCAUUGCAAGGCGGUAGCAAGGGGCGCAGAUCGACCUCUUCUGGUUGGAGAUUUGCCAUUUGGGAGCUAUGAGCAGAGCACACAGCAGGCAGUAGCAAGUGCGACACGGAUGCUCAAGGAGGGUGGAAUGGAUGCAGUAAAGAUGGAGGGAGGUGGAGGAUCUCGCGUUCAAGCAGCGAAAGCAAUCUCUGAGGCAGGCAUUGCGGUCAUGGGUCAUGUGGGCCUCACUCCACAGGCCAUAAGUGUCUUGGGCGGUUUUCGUCCUCAAGGCCGCAAUGUUGAUAGUGCGCUUCAGGUUUUGGACCAUGCUUUGGCUUUGCAAUCCGCUGGCUGCUUUUCGAUCGUGCUCGAGUGCGUUCCAUCUCCUAUUGCGGCAGCUGUUACAUCCGCACUUAAAAUUCCCACCAUUGGGAUUGGUGCUGGCCCUUUCUGUAGUGGCCAGGUCUUGGUGUACCAUGAUCUUCUCGGUAUGAUGCAACACCCCCAUUUCGUGCAGGUCACACCGAAAUUCUCGAAGCAGUACGCAAGUCUAGGGAACGUGAUCAAUGAUGCCCUUUCGCAGUUUCGGGACGAGGUGAUAUCGAAGGCUUUUCCGUCACCUGUGCACACGCCCUACCGAAUUGGCGAGGAACAACAGCAAGCAUUUGCGGAGGCACUCGAGAAACGAGGGCUUCAUGGGGCAGCAGAAGCAGUAUCAGCUGCCGCCGUUAAGGAUGCGACUGCUGGGGAACCGACUAUCAAAACUCCCUUAGAUUGAUUGCUGACUCGGUGUGUGGGUGCAGUGCAAUGUUUUGUUUUCAGGAUUAGCCACUUUUGGGCAGUCUCUCCUCCCACAAGGUUUUCAUUACUCGCGUUACUUCAAUCACAAUUUUGUGCAAAUCCCAUCCAGGCACUGCCUAGGUGAAUGCGAUAAACAAGUCUCCUGCUAAUAAGGCCAUUCAUGAAAAGACGCACCUGGGUUGGCCUUGUAACUGCACUAGCUUUUUUGCACACAAGCCCUGGUUCAUAGAGAAAACUAGAAGCAUGUUUGUGAAAGAAGAGGUCUUGGCAGUAUGAAUUGAUAGUUAGCCUCCCCAGAUAUGAUAAGGGUUUGAAUCAAUAAUGUCUUGAAGGAUUAACAGUGUUAUAGUUGCCACUGUUGACUUCAUUACUGUUAAUUCAUGAUUAGCUUUCAAUGGAGACCAAUUCAAAAUCAUCA